AAGCGGUUUUAUAUCAACGUUUAAUACCUUCUGUCUACAAGUUAAUAAUAUUUAAGAUCACGCUACGUUUGAGGGAUCCAGAGAAAUGAAGAAAUACACCUGCAUUGAGUGUGGGAGGGGGGCAGAAGAACUGUAUAGAGACUUCGGUGGCGGCAAUUUGAAAAUCUCCCACUGCGACCACUGUGACCAGGUGGUGGAUAAGUAUGUAGAGUUUGACCCUGUCCUGGUGUUACUGGACGCACUUCUACACAAACCACAGGCUUACAGGCACAUUCUACUCAACAGUGGCAUACAGUUCCACUGGAGACUGGCCGUGAUCUGUCUCCUGUGUGAUGCUUACAUCAAGUGGGCUCACCUGAAGUCAGCAGACUCCACAGACACACAACAGCACAUGGGCUUCUACGCUCUGGAGUGGGACUUCUACCUCAUGUUCCUCCUAGCAGCAAUCGGUCAGUUCAAGGGUUUCUAG